AGAUCUAAAAUUAAUACAUUACGGCGGAUCGGAACAAAUUGUCGAGUAAAAGAGCCGCCGAUUAAUUCUGCCGGUCCCAAUCGACUGCCUGGUCCAAUUCUGCUAUGACACCGGCAAGCGCUGCAUGCACGUUUUUGCAGGUACCGUUUUUGCAUGGUACGGUACGUAGGAAGGACCAAUCAUAGAGAUGUAUACUAAUUAUUAGUAUAUAUCUCUAUGGGACCAAUACACGUACCACCGUACAAUUAAUUCCAACAAUUAAUGUACAACCAUACACUCGACUUUUGCACUCGACUCGUACGUACCGGUACUCUAGCUCUCGCGCGCGCGCUCGCGCGGUAAUUAAAAUUGAGAAAUACCUCUGAUCAGUCCAACAGAGAUUGCGCAAUCUUGAUUCUCGAGUUUCUCUUUUGGAGCAUAAAUUGAUGAAGCACCAUGAGUAAUCUACAAGGCGUAAACUACCAAUAUGUCAGUCAGCAGUCGUUCAAUGCAAAGUCUGGCAAGACCUUCAGCAAGAUCAAUGUUGUGGAUGGAAUACAGGGUCUAAGAGCCAAGGAAUCAGAGCCCACUCCUACCGACGGCGGUGUGAAUCCCAUCAUAGCAAAGGCCAACCCCAAGGAUGUCCCUCGGGAUCUCAUCCAUGGCUUUGUUUCAGGCAAGAAGAACCCUGUCAUGGCGUUCAACGAGUUCUGCCAGUUGCAGCGCCUGACCCUGACCUUCGAGGAGGUUGUGCCCGAAGGAACGAUGGGGAUCAUCACCUGCAACUAUGCGGUGGUAGCUAUAGUGGAUGGCACCAAGUUUCCACAAGGAAAAGGCAGGACUAAGAAAGAUGCCAAGGCAGCAGCAUCUCGGAUUGCAAUGAGAGCAUUUCUUGGGAUGGAUGAUGAAGAAGCCGAUAGACGAGAUGCUAAGGGGGCCAGGGAAGCCAAUGCUAUUGUGGUUGAUGAUGAACCGAUUGCUCCACGUCCAAGGAGAACAUUUGGUGCGUCUGCGCCAAGCGAUGAGCCUUUGGUCCAUGGAGGCGGCGGCGGACAUUACCAGAUGAAAUAUGAGUCGGCUAGGCUUCCUUCAAAAGACAUGUGGAAAGUCGCAGAGAAACAGGAAUCAUUCAUGGAAUACCAGCUCAGGAAGCAGGCACAGCCAAAUCAACAAAUGGCUGCUGGUAGUUCUGGGGACAAUGCAAGAUCCGCUUCAGGGCCAGCAUCACAGCAGCAAGCAGCUCCUUCUCUUCCAACCAACUCUUCCUCUGAAACCGUGAGAGUCCCGCAGAGUGUCCCCAUGGCAGCAAGGGCCUGGUCCGGUCAGCCCCGUAUGCCCAGCCAACCGGGACCUGGUCUGUCACAGACCAACAGUGUCCCCCAACAGCAGCAGCAGUUACCACCCUCUACACCUACCCAGCAACAGCAUAUGCAACCUUCUGCACCGACCUUUCCACAAGGCCAAGUACAGCAGGGUGGAGGAUACAGUAGCAGCCAGUUGGAUGUAGGUGGAACAAGCAGAGUUGCUGAUAAUAUUGCAUCAGUUGCAAGGAACAUUCCCAGAGUUGGACCCCCAUUCCCUGGAUCCGGAAGUACUGGACUUUCUCCGUCAUAUGCUGCCUUUGUCAUGAAGUUGGGUCCUGAAGAUAAAGGAAACCUUGUGGCCUUGGGGACGGGCGAUGGUGUAUCCUCAGGAGCUACCAUCACUCAAGAUGGCAGGACUAUUCUGGAUUGUCAUGGAGUCACUAUCGCCAGACGAGGCCUUCAAAGGUAUUUAUACCAGCAGCUGAAGUUCUUUUUUGAAGGUGACAUUCAGAAGACAAUAUUCACUGGUCAGCAAGGAAGCCCUCUUGUGUCUUUGAGAGAGAAUGUCACAUUCCAUCUGUACAUGAAUCAAGCACCUGUCGGUGAUGCGGCCAAGUAUUUAAACCAGCCGAGCAAUGACCCAAUGCUGGAUGAAGGAGGAGCUCUAUGUUCUGUCAAUUCUCACAUAGGAUUAGAUGGAAUUGGGAGAGAGGGUGCAAUACAUUUCAUGUCAGCCAGUGACAAGUUGUUGAGAUGGAAUGUGCUUGGUGUUCAGGGUGCCUUACUGAGUCACUUUAUCCAUCCUAUCUACUUGGAAUCAAUCACCCUUGGAAGCAUGUAUGACCACGAUCACCUAACGAGGGCGAUGUGGGGCCGAGUGGAUGACAGCCUCGCCGGAACGCUUCCUUCAGGCUUUGAACGCCACCAACCUCUUCUUGCUCAGGUGUCACAACCUGUUAAAAUCCAAAAUGGCCUCCAGCCAGGAAUCAGCGUGAACUUUUCCAACGGGGACAGCAUGUACGAAGUCUUGGACUGCGGUAAAGGACGAGCACAUCAGACAUCUCCAUUCAAGAGUGGUCCCCAUGCAGCCAGUCGGCUGUGUAAAGCAGCAUUUUACUUCCGAUUCCGCAGCACUGCCACCCUUGCCAAGAGAGACGAUUUGAUAUCCGCAUCCACCUACCAAGAGGCAAAGGAUUUGUGUGCAUGUUAUCAGCAAGCUAAGCGACUUUUCAAAAUGCAUUUGGAGGGAAAAGGUUAUGGACACUGGUUUACUGCACCAAAGGAUGUCAACCAGUUUGCCAAGUAGAGUACGAUAAGGCAGAGAGAAACAGACAUAUAUCUGCAAGCAAUGAAGCUUUUCAAAAUACAUUUGGAGGGCACAGCAUAUGGAAACUGGUUAACUCCAUCCUACGAUGCCAAUCUUUUUUAAAGUAGACUAACAAUGCAGAGACUAAAAGGCCAAGAGACAAUUGCAGCCUACAAAAGCAGCCUACCAUGGUGUGUUUGGAGGGCAAAGGUUAUGGACAUUGAUAUACUGUACCCAAAGAUGACAAUCAAUUAGCCAAGAUUGACAUAAAGCAUUGGGAGAGAUACAAACAAGAGGGGAUAACAGAUAGACUGAGAGAAAUUGGAUGCUUUGUAGAUUCAUGAUUCCAAAAUGAUGGAUAUUCCAUAAAAGAUCAUGAUAAAUGAGAUGGUCACAGAACUUGUGACCAUUUCUAGGACAAAGAAUAUGAAUCAUCAUGCCUUUGAUAUGCUUUCAUUUAAGUACUGCAUUCUUAAAAAAAUCCAGUGUUAUUUCAAAACUAUCUACAUGUAGGUUUUGGUUUGAUGUAGCGCUACGUUUAUGUGUGAAAGGGGCAUUCAUAUAUUUUAUUUUCAGUUGUACACUUGGCGAUCAUGAAUUUGACUUGUAAUGAUGUUGUAUUGGGAGGCUGAAGUAGUUGCAAAGUGCCUUAUUCAGAACAAAUGUAUACAAAAAGAAGAUCAUAUUCACAAAAAAACUAAUCAUUUUCUAACAAAGCGCAAAGCUCCUUUUUCUGGUGCUUGCAUCGAUUUUCAAGCAUGAUAUCUCACUUGAAAUUGAACUUGUUCUUAUUUCAAAAAACGGGCAAUUCCAUAGUGUUGUACAGGACAUUUCGACCACAAUUUCUAGUCUCUUAGCUGAAUGCUUGAGCAAUACAGUUUCCUUUUUUGUCAAUGAUGAAGUUAUAGUGGGUAGUCAUGUGAAAACUGAUAACCAACAAAAAAUUAUAGGUGAAGAUGUUGUGUGUGGUACGGAACUCGGAAAUGCCCCGUACGACACGCAAAAUUUUCACCUCUAAUUCACCCAUCGAUGACAUAAUAAGUUGGUUGUCAUUUUUUACAUGACUACCCAGUAUAGUAAUCUAUUAUUACCAAAACACAAAUUGAAGUUUCUCAUUUGUUUGGACAGCAAGUUGAAAAAUGUUGUGAAAAUGGCUGAUUUUUCUAUCAUGGAAUCGCCCAAAUGGAAGUUGUGCUGCUGCUGCUUGUACACAUGACAGUGACACAAUGGCCCGUAUUCAGAACUCGGGUUUAACUUAGACCAUGGUCUAACUCUGUGCUAAAAUUAUGGGAAGCCAAACGUUUCCAAAUUUUGUUUACAGUGAAUGCUUCUCACGUUGACUGUGCUCUUUACUAAUUCUUUAAUGGUGAAGGCAACUGUCAUACUUAUCCUUCCCAGGCAGUUAAUAGUGUUUUUGGAGUCAAGUGAGCUGAUACAUUGAACCUCUACUGUUAGAGAUUUAUGUAACAACUGGCUUUCCAUAGUUAAACCACAACUUAAAACCAGAGUUUAAAUUAAACCUGACUUCAGAAUACGGGCCUUUAGAGUUAAACAAGCUGGUAGCAGGUGCUACCUUAAAUACUGUCUUGUAUUGCUGGAUAUGGCAAUAUAUUUAUAGCACAGCGUUAUGCAGCACAAUUGCAAAGAUGUGAAGAUUGUGUUGGAGGAGAUAUUCCGUUGUUUUUUCAUGUGGUGCUUUUAAAAAGUUUGAGAAAAAUGCCAAAGAGAGAAAGCUGUUUAACAAGUCUCAUUUAUAUAUAUUUUUUUUCGGCAAGCAGAAUUAUCAGUCUUUGAGAUACAGGUAUAUGUUCUCUUGCAUUGCAUUUCAAUGUGUUUAAGAAUAUAUUACAAUGCAACAUGAGAACAUAUCCCCGUUUUAACCCAAAGCAGCGUAAGUAAACGUAACGUGCAACGGAAUAUACCGCAAUACAUUGAUUUUACCCAUUUUUACUCAUUUUACAUGUACACAUUACAACCAUGCUGUCAGCCUUAUUGCAAUAUUACUUAUAUCAUUGUAUACAUUGUUUAUCAAACAUAUAGGUAAUCCAUAUUACAAGGUUAUUGAAUUGUUAUUGUACAUUGCCUACUUAGCUUAUUGUACGCAAGCUAAUGGGAGGCCGAAUGUGCAACACUCGUACUGUUUGCACACGUACCAUCCAAACUGUACCAUUGCACGACUUAAAGCAGAUACAAACCAAUAGCGCCAUCGUGAGUCCUCAGACCCAUAAUGCUAGUGUAGUCUAGUAAUAUAGACCCACUUGAAUGAUAACAUGCUAAUUAACUACUCAAUACCUUUGUACCGUAAUGAUUGUUACCAAGUAGUAAAACAAUUACUUUUCAUCUCAAAACAUUUUAGUUUCUCUAUACAAAUACAGGUCAAUUUAUUCUCUGUAGUAUUAGUAGAGAUCUGAAAACGUAUAUUUUAAGACUGUAUUUAUAACACAGUCAAUGAGAGACCACACACAGUUCACUCCUUCUUUAAUAGGUAACAUCACAAUACGAUUUAUUUCAUUGCGCUUAGUAAAUAAAUGCAGGUGCAAUACGCAUGUGGUCCACUGACUAAAUUCGCAUUGCUGCUGCAGAUAUGUGCGCUGGAUUUUGGCUUUCAACUAUUCUUUUCUCAUUUUACAUGGAUACAAGUUGUACAACACACAAAGCGAAUAUUAUUCUUGCAGUGGUACAAUAUUUUGCAGUCGGUUAAAGAAAGAGGCACUCUAUUCAACUCGGCUAUGCCUCGUGGAAUAGAGCAUCUUUCUUUCACCCCAUGCAAACUCUUGUACCAUCACACUCGUGGCUAUUCACUGUGUGUACCCAUGGUAACAGCCCUCUCAAAUUUUGAAAAUAUUGCAUGUCUUUAGAUUUCAAGUCGUUCUCAUAAAAUUUUGGGGUGGGAGUAUUCCGAACAACUCGUCUUUAUAUAUUGAUAGCUUAUCCAUGCCAUCAAUGCAUGACUGAAUUAAUUAAUCUUGAAGACUAAUAGGGAAAGUUAAUGAAAACUGAUCAGUCAGUCAGGUGUUGUAUUACGGUAUAUUAAUAUUGGUAACAACAUAGCUAUUCAAAUAUCCAUGAGUGAUUUUUUUUAACACUGGACAUGACUUGUCCAGUGUUAAAGAAAUCUCUUGGCUUAAAAAGGCACUAGCAGAAGUUUCAUCUCAGCAUUACUUGCUAGAACUUGGAAUUCCAAAAUUUACACCGGUUGUCUUCAAUAUCAAUAAAUCUCAAGUCAUGUGUGGUGUCAGAUAUCAUCUGAAUGUUAAUCUUCCGGAUUUGGAUUACCUGUUCUUUUGAAUAAGCACUGUAUUAUUAAAACUUUCAUGUUCUUAUGAAUUCUACCUGUCAUGUUUUUUUUUUUAAUUCAUGUUUGAUAAUAAAAGGAAAAGAACAA